UGCUUUUUCAGAUUGACAGUUUGCAGUUUUUCUAUUUUCUGAAUGUCGUAACUUCUGUCUUAAGCUGUCUUAAAGUGCCUUUGUUAACACUGAAUUGGAAAACUUUCUUGAAUUGGUGGAAAUUGUGAUCAACGGGAUAGAUUAUCACUUGAUUGUUGUUUUCCUCAUUAUGUCAUCCCUCUACGAUGGCCUGGAGGAAUCCAGCACGGACGACUCCACCAAGACCCCCUCCAACUCCGCACAAGCCACCAGCAUCAAAUUCCUCCAAUCGCAACUCCAGCUAAAGAAAGCCGCGCUCCAACAGACCAAACAGAACCUCAAACCCCACCUACCCCCCACCACCACCCCCAACACUCUCCUCCGCCCCGCCAAAUUCACCCCGGCCGUCAAACUCGAACCGGCCAAACUCGACAUCCCCCUCCUGUCCGCCACCAUCCAGCGGGUGGCCAACGAGUACGACCCCCUGUAUCCCAAUGAGUACGACAAGGUGAAGGCCAUCCAAACGGCGGAGGCCGCCGCCCUGACAGCCAGUACCAAGAACCCCUUCCAGGCCACGUUUUCCAAUACCAUCGGGCUGCGCAGUGCGCUGAGCGCCCCCGAGGAGGAGGAAGCGCCGACGGCGGGAGGGAAGAUUUUGGGGAUGCCCCCGACGAAAAGGGGCGCCGCCAUCCCGCCGCCUCCGGAGAGUGGGGUAAUGGAGUCGGGGUCGGCGGUGGCGGCCAAGAUUAUGGCCAAGUUCGGGUACAAGGAGGGUUCGGGGUUGGGACGGCAGGAACAGGGAAUUGCCUCGGCGCUGCAGGUGGAGAAAACCGGUCUGCGCGCUGGUAAAAUCCUCCGUGAAGCCCCGCCCGAGCCGCCCUCGUCCCUCUUCGCCAUGCCACCGCCCAAAUUCAACACCCCGGAUCUGUUCCGCAGUCAGACCAAGGUGCUCCUGCUGCGCAACAUGGUGGGCCCGGGCGACGUGGACAACGACCUGGAGCCGGAAGUCAAGGAGGAAUGCAGUAAUUUCGGCGAAGUGGUCACCUGCCUCAUCUACGAGCUGCCCGGCAAACCGGACGACGAGGCCGUCCGUAUCUUCGUGGAGUUUGCCAAAGUGGAGCAGGCCGUCAAGGCCGUCGUCACCAUGAACGGGCGCUUCUUCGGGGGACGGGCCGUCAAAGCGGGAUUCUACGAUAUCGAUAAGUUUAAGAAAUUCCAACUGGCCGAACCUGUGUAAUGCGGCAAAAUGUGGAAUUUUUGGCUGUAUUUUCUUGGAUGAUUAGCAUCCGCAUUUAAUGAUCCUCAUGUUACUUUUAAUUUAUGUAAGCAUGAACGCAUUCGUUCAAGGAACGAGAAUUUACAAGGGAAUAAAA